AACCAGUCGUGUCUAGCUUUCUUGCAAUCGUUGUCACCAAUGUAAUCACCGUCUUGUUUGCUGUGAGCUCAUCAGUUGCUCCUCGCUUAGUUGGAACUGUGAUUGUCAAUACCAUAUCAGAAACCGAAUAUGGAGAACCAGCAGCUGUGGCUGGGGGGGCGUAGGUGCCCGAAAUAUCAUCAGCUGCUAGCUGUUAUAGCCACCGUCUGGUGCGUCAGCUCAUGCAUUACAGUAUCUGAUGCUGCAACAUCUUUUGGAAGCAUGAGUGGGUCGGAGGGUGGUGGUGAAAAGAAGAAAUUGUCCAAGGUACUGGUCCAGGGCGUGGUAUAUUGUGAAGCGACAUCCCAGCAUCAGCUCCUGAAAGAUGCCGAGGUGGAAGUGGAGUGCAACAAUCGGGGAGUAAGAGAAACAGAGGUUGGUAGGACCACUGCAUGGGGCGCUUUCAGCAUAACACUUCAGGACUAUGAUUUCGAGGCGCUGGGUAGCAAUGGAUGUAAGGCGAAACUCAAAUCAAGCUUGAACACCACUUGUACUGUACCUACGAACAGGGGUGGAGGCUUGACCGGAACAGAUCUCGUUCUUAAAGAGAAGUCCAAGGACAUGGUGAUUUUGACGGCAGGGCCAUUCGCAUUCCAACAAUCUAAGGUAAAAGCCACUCGUGCGGUAUCACGGGAGAAUCUGCAGAGCAACACAGAUGACAAGUACUCCAGUGGCUCUUCCCUCCCUGCUGUGUCAGGCUUGUGGUACGCUCCUCCUGAAAACAAUUACUAUACAUAUCCUUCCCCUGCUCACUAUGAGUCUCCUAACCACCACGAGAAUCGUGGUGAUCAUGAGUCCCAUAAAGACAUUCAUCGUAGAUCUGAACACGAGGGUCGACAGGGGUCUUCCGGCGAGCGUACUGAUCAUAAAGCUCGUGACAAGGAUUGCUCAUCGAAGAGUGGAAGCCACCAUUACAAAACCCCUCCCCACCACUCAGUACCCAAUUACGAAAAGUCUCCACCUACAUAUCACAGUGAGCAUCACAACACUCCUUCCCCUCAUGAAUCUUCUUCCUCCCAUCCUCCUCCUCGUCCCCAUUACGAUGCACCUCCCUAUGUCCCCUACGUCCAUCAUGCACCUCUACCACCACAUGACGGCUACAAAUCUCCUCCUCCACCUGAUCAUGACAAUUACGAAGCACCUCCAAAGCAAUAUGAUCCUCCUCCAUAUUACCAGAGAGGCAAUGUUGACACCACUGCAAAAGCAGCAUCAGCGCAGCCGAAGGAGAGUUCGCCAUGAAAGGGGUUUCAAGAUUCGUAAGCCUCGUAAGCUCAUCUGUGCUCCGACAUCGAUUGCGUUGCUCGCUUACGAAAUCUUGUAGAGACUGCAGUACUCAAUGUAUAUUCUCGGAUAUACAUACAUAUAUAGAGGCAUUUAUCGGUGACACUCACAUACCUGUGAGUGUACUCGUUGAAAUAGAAAAUCCAUGGCGAUCAGCGCUCUUCAGCUUCUUGUUUUGUUUCUAAAGCUGGGUAAUAUACUUAACCACAAGAUCAUAACAGUGAUUCCGACAAUGUUUUCAGGAUUUCUUGCAGCUUUUUAUUCUUACUUUUAUUUUAUUUUGAUCAACAUAAUAAAGUACUGCAAUUCUGAACCCUAAAAA